AUGUGUGCCCAGUCUCUCAUCAAAGCCUCUUCCAAGAUGGCGGGUCGAGGUCGAGGAAGAGGCAGAGGACGACGAUUUUCCUUUGACGUAGGAGUGAUUGGCUUUAAGCGUGGGGAAGCUUUACCCGCUACAAUACAACAGCCUCCUCCCCUUUAUCCGGUUGGUGAAUUUGUUGUGUCUUUCUUACAUUGAAAUUACACCGAUAAUUAAUUCAAUCAUAACGGGGUUCGGGCUCUUGUAUUGUUAAGGAAUGGUUAUCGAGGCCAUUUGUAAGGUCUGCGUCAGACACACUCUCCACUCCCAUUCACUUCCAUCUCGCUGCCCCACACUUAGUCUGCAAUAUACUACACAGCGGCCUAUUUCUCUUAUUUCCACCAUUUCCUUGACUUUGCUCUAUUUUCCCGGCUGAACGCUGAUGAUGAUGACGAUGAUGAUGAUGAUGAUGAUGAUGAUGAUGACGAUGAUGAUGAUGAUGAUGACGAUGAUGAUGACGAUGAUGAUGACAAUGAUACCUACAUCACCUGAUCUCCGAAUAUUUUAGCCUCUAGAUGUCAAACCAUUGCCAUUAAGACAAACAGAUGCCGAUGAAUAUAUGCUUGCAUUGAAACAAGAAUUAAGAGGGUGUAUGCGUGAACUACCUUAUUUCGUGAAGGCAGAAAUUAAGUCCAAAGGUAUGAGGCAGUUUUUUCGAAUUUCGCUCCUUUUUUAUUCAGUAAAAAUCAUAAGCAGAUAAGAUUUGGAAUAAAACACUCCACAAAAUGAGCUUGGAAACAUGAUUGUCUCUUUGGCUGUUUAAAAUUGUCCAAUCUGAAUUUCAGAUCUUUUUUUACAAAAAAUAAUAGGUUUCUGGCGUUUUUCUUUUUCCACAUCAGAUAUUGAGAGGUUUUCGGACAGAUACAGAGAAAAGAAAAAGGAAGAAUUAGAGUGGCAACCAGGUAAAGGCAAUUUUCAUAGGGUUUUAUGUUUAAUGGUACAUGCAAGUAUACAAGAAUAUUUAUUUUGGAAAUACAUGAUCAUCAACAAAAUUUGUCUGUUUCAUUCCAGACUGGAGAUUAUUUCCAAAUGAGUUAAAAAUAAGAGUGAAAAAACACAGGAAUCCUAGCAAUGCAAGUAUGAAUAAUUUAAAUCCUAAUCAGAAACAGUCCUCAAAUUAGCCAUUCUCACUUAUGCCAGCCCUUUCCUCUCAUUAUUUUCUCUUCACUCCCAUGAUCUGGGAUUUAAUUUUCUCAACUCGUGAACCAAUCCUUUGUUGUUGGUCAAGAAAAAGACUUAAGUUGUACAUCUAAACAUCUUUAACUUUUGAUGACACUGAUUCUCAACACCUUUUCACUCCACUUUCUAUGAUAUUGACAAGCAUUCAAUUUAUAUGUUAUUUAGUAGAAAUAUGACUGAUUUAAAAGAAACAUCUCUAGUGGGUUUAUUUUUUUUUACCUUUGUGGAAGGACCAAGAAUUAGCAAACAAGUUAAAAAGAAUAUUGUUGGUGUGGAGGCUUUGAAGCAGCUUGAGGUACCAAAAAUUUAAAAUAUAAAUUCUUCUGUGUUUGUUGACUUGUUUGUAUACCUGGUUCUUAGCAUUUAGAAUGAAUGGAAACAUUUAAGAGGAUAAAGUGUUAUCUAGACUCACGGUAAAAAAUGGUUCCAUUUUUAAAAAUUAUUAUAUUUAAUUAAAAAAGAUACCUUCUGCUUUCAUGGCAGGUGAUUAUUGUUAUUGGGCAAAUAGAUUCACCAUGCAGUACUUAUUGCUUAUUGGAAGAAAAUUUCACCAAUUUGUUAGGGGGGGGGAGGUAAAGUUAUGGUGAUUUAAUUGAUCCUGUAUCUACAUUGCCUCUCCAGGAAAUGGUCCAGAAGGAGGGUGAUAAUGAUCAAGCUAAUGAUCAAGAGGAAGAAGGAACAGAAGGAGAAAGUGGUGAGGAAGAACUGGAAUAUGACGAAGAAGAACAGGAAGAGGUAAAAAAAAUAAUCAACACUUGAAGCAUAUUUGUUUUCUUUUAUCUUCACCAUAACAAAAAAUCAUUUUUGGAUGGUAUGGGUUUUCAUGAAAAGAUAUAGUGGUAGGAGGAGAAAAAUGUUAAGGAACAGGUUUAUUUCCACAUCUGAAUAAAACAUAGCUCAGGCCAUUGAAAUAUAGGCUGAUGGUUCUGCUUACUAAUAGAGGGUGUAGAAUUCUCUGAUUUAAAUGCUUAAUGAACACACUUUGCCAAGCAAUAACUGAUGCAAGCUUGAACAAAGUUAAAUAUCUGCCUGAAGAGUUCACUUCUCAAAGAAGUGUAGUACACACCCCUUUAUUAAAACAUACUGAGCCAUAUCUCAAGUAGAUACCACUGACUGGCUGGGUUUUACAUUUUCUAAAUCUUGCAGGAAAACGAUUACUUGGUGUCACACUUUGAUGAUGACGAAGAUGCCUUUAUGGAUGAUGAUGACAUGGAUGAAGGGCCAAUCUACUGA